AAAUAUAACAAAUUAAUAUACGAAAGACAAUAAUAUGAUCUUAAAUUUCAUGCACUAGUCGAAGUUAUAAUUAUGCACGUCUAAUGAUUUUCUUUUAAUUCAAAAAUUAAUUUUUUUCUUCGGAUUUUAAGAACAUUCAUGGAAAUUAUUUCUUCGAGUUAGUGACGGACAUGGUAAGACCAAAUGUUAUUCAGAUUAUCGAUCGAUUUUCAAUUGCUUCAUGGAACUCCAGCAUAAGAGAAGCAGUCAAUCAAGGCCAUGCCCAGAAGGCUCUUAUUCUUUUUCGCCAAUUGAAACGAAACUCUUAUGUACAGCCCAACAAUUUAACUUUCCCAUUUAUUGCAAAAGCUUGUGCAAAGCUCUCAAAGCUGAAGUACUCCCAGAUGAUUCAUGCUAGUGUUGCAAAAUCGCCAUUUUGUUCAGAUGUUUAUGUACAAACAGCUUUGGUCGACAUGUAUGUAAAAUGCAGUAGCUUAGAUCAUGCAUUUGAUCUGUUUGAUAACAUGGCUGAAAGAGAUUUAGCAGCGUGGAAUGUGAUCAUUAUGGGUUUUGCUCAGUUGGGUUUUUUGGAUAGAGUUUCAUGUUUGUUUAAGGGGUUGAGGAUGGAUAACAUCAUGCCUGAUGCAGUAACGAUCAUGGGGUUGACACAAUUGGUGUCUGGGUUAAAGGAUACGAGGUUAUUGAGCUCUGUACAUUGCUUUGGGAUGAAAUGUGGGUGUGCAGGGGAUGUUACCGUUACCAAUACUUGGAUUGCUGGCUAUGCCAGGUGUGGUGACCUGUUCUCGGCUGAGAUGGUGUUUUGUGGUAUUGGCAUCGAUGCUUUGACUGUGGUUUCUUGGAAUGCUAUGAUUGUGGGAUGUGCAUGUGUUGAGGAACCGGUGAAGGCUCUUGGGGUGUACCAACAUAUGCUUCUCGACGGAUUUAGGCCUGAUUUGUGUACCAUUCUUAAUCUGCUCUCCUCAUGUACUCAGCCUGAUUCUUUAUUUUAUGGUAUGCUAAUUCAUGCUCAAGGAAUAAAAGUGGGUUGUAAUGAGAAUAUUGCUGUUCUUAAUACUCUUAUUUCCAUGUAUUCCAAGUGUGGAAAUGUUGACAUGGGAAGAAGUGUAUUUAGUAGCAUGACUGAGAGAACACCAGUUUCAUGGACUGCUAUGAUUGGAGGGUAUUCUGCAAAAGGUGAUUUGGAGGAGGCAUUAUCUAUGUUCCAUGCUAUGGAGGCUUCUGGCGAGACACCUGAUUUUGUUACCAUGAUCCAUUUGAUUUCAGCAUGCGGCCAAAUUGGAGCACUUGAGGUUGGAAAAUGGAUUGAUAAUUACACCAUUUUGAAGGGAUUGAAAAGCAAUGUGAUGGUAUGUAAUGCAUUGCUAGACAUGUACGCAAAAUGUGGAAGUUUAAGAGAUGCUCAGGAACUCUUCGGUACUAUGCAAGGGAAGACUGUGGUCUCUUGGACAACUAUGAUAGCAGGAUAUGCACUAAAUGGAAAAACACAAGCAGCUUUAGAUUAUUUUCAUCGAAUGUUAAAGUUGGGUUUGAAACCAAAUAACGUAACUUUCCUUGCUGUUCUUCAAGCAUGUACUCAUGCGGGUCUGUUGAAUGAAGGGCAGGGAAUUUUUGAUAUGAUGAUUAAAGUGUAUAGAAUAAAUCCCGGACUAGACCAUUAUGCUUGCAUGACUGAUCUCCUUGGACGCCAAGGAAGACUGAAAGAAGCGUUGAACUUUAUUGAAGAUAUGCCUAUCAAACCAGAUGCUGGAAUUUGGGGUGCUUUCCUUUUUGCUUGCAAGAUCCAUCACAACCUAGAGCUUGGCGUGUAUGCUACACAUCGACUUUUGCAACUUGAAUCACAGGCUGCAGCUCCUUAUGUUGAAAUGGCAAAUAUAUACGCAUCAGCAGAAGAUUGGGAUGGGGUUGCUGCAAUGUGGAUGAAAAUGAAACGCAAGCAAGUGACAAAAUCCCCGGGGCAAAGUGCAAUACUGGUGAAUGGAAAACGUUAUUGUUUUACUGUAGAAGAUAGAAACCAUUCUCAGGGCUCUCAAACGUUUGAAACAUUGGAUAGCUUAGUUUCACAGUUGAAAGAUGAAGUACAUUUAUUUUGUACUCCGGAACUUGUGGAUUCAUCAAUUGGCCACGAGCAAACCACAUAAGAAAACUGGAUUGCAGAGAAUUUUGAAACCGUACGAGAGCUAGAUGGAGUAUCAAUCAGAAUCAGGACGGUAACACUAUUGCAAUGAUUAUGCUGAUGCACUCCUGUAAACUACUAAAGAUUUCAAUAUGCUAACCUAUACUCCAUGACAAAGAUAUUCCAGCCUCAGGGGCUGGAGAUUACAUUGCAGCCAUACUUUAUCAGUCUAGGACAGCCUCGUCUGAUUUAUAACUAAAUUUUAUGAUGUCACUUACCAUAAGAAGCAAGAAGGAGAAGAUUGAUAGUUUUUGUGGUUUUUAAUUAUUACGGCCACUUUGAAAGCAAUUACAUUGCCAUACAAUAAUGAAUUGAAAAAGUAAAAAAAACUUUGAAGUACAAGGUCAUACAACGAUCUAUCAUUCAAAUGCUGCUUUUAGCUAUACCUGGUUAUGAUUUUAGUAUAAAAUGGCUAUAAAAGAUGAGUUUCAUGCGUGGUUCACCUCAAGUUGUAACUCAAAUAGGAGGUUUGGGCCGAUACAUGACAGUUCAACGUUUUCUUUAGUUGCAUUCACUGUAUUUCCACCUAAUGUUUAACGGCUGCUUUAACUUAGUGAUUUAGUCUAUCAAUUCCUACAUUUUGUCAUUGGUUUUUGAUGGCUGGCAAAUUUUUGAUGUUUGAGCACAGGUAAUAGAAGCAUUUUAGUGCCAUUACUGAUUUCUUACUGGAACAAAUGGCCCCAUUGUGAAUCUCAACGUCUUUGAACCAGAAACAGAAGCUGUAGCUUGUAUAUAUAUACAGACAGCCAAUUUUGGACAGCAAAUCUUAACUGGACAACCCACUACGGGAGUGGUUGGGAGACGCAAUUAGGAGAAAAGAUCAGAAAUUUUAUCAGAUGAAGAACAAAGAGAACACUCUGAAUCUCCUUGCCGCAAGAUUACAAGUCGAAGAAGUGCAAUGCCAUUACUCCUAAUAAACCAAAAAGGAUAUAUCUAUUCUAUUUGUUCCAAUCCAAAUUAUUUAUUGGCUUUGUAGACAUACAGAUUACGAAUAGUCCUGUAUCUGCGUCUCUUUGGGUUGCAAUUGAUCACACAAUCUUGCAUGAUUUUCUUUGAUGAAGUGAUUUGAACACCAUUUGUAUUACCAUAAUUAUA